UAUUUCAAAAUUGAUUGAUUUGAUUGAUAAUUUAUAACAAUUAUCAAUACACAGACUAAAAUAUUAACAAUUAUUAAAAUACCUAUAUCGAAUAAUGUUUCUGAAGUCUAAAUUUUGUCGUAUUUUUGUUAUAUGUCAUUACAUUCUACAUGUCAAACUGUCAUUCGUUUGCCGUAUAAUAAAAACAAAAGGGGUUUCAGCGCACCUAUUUUGUAUUUUAGUACAAAAUGGAUGAAAAAUAUGAGAGUGUUAAACUUUGUUACACCAUACACAAGUACUCCGGUUAUUCGUCAAAUUACAUUCCCGAGUAAGUAUUUUCUUUAACUGAUCUUUUCGGUGUAAAUGCACUUGUAUCCCCAUCGGAAGAGCAGGUAGCUAGCCAGUUUUUUUCUAUGCAGUCCUAAUUUAAGCGUGUUAUUUUUUUGGCAGGAACAUUAUGGUAAACAACCCCUCCGAUCAGUUAUCAAGGUGGUUCACAGACAGCUCCAUUCCAGCACAGUAUAUUAUGCUGAAAUUGAAAACUCCAUCUAUUGUAGAAACUAUUAAAUUUGGAAAAUAUAUAAAAGCUCAUGUCAGUGAUCUAAAGAAAUUUCAAAUAUUUGGUGGAACUGAUGAAAACAAUCUAUCUUUAUUAUUGUCAGCUGGUCUGAAGAAAGAUAGUUCACCAGAGACAUUUCGCUUGAGACACAAGACAGUAGAAGGAUUGUAUCUGCCAAUUCAAUAUAUUAAAAUUGUACCAGUGCAGUCCUGGGGUCCAGCAUAUAAUUACACGAUAUGGUAUGUAGAGCUUCAGGGAAAAAAUCAAGAGGAACUCAUUAGUUACGCUAUGGAUACUAUCAAUUUGAAAAAAGAAGAAGAGGCUGUCCGCAUCCUUUUAAAACAUUUACGUCGCCGUCGCUAUAGAGAUGCAUUUGAGGCCUUAUCAAGAGAGAGUGGCGUCCGACUUGAGGGUUCUAUUCAGGCACGCUUAUGGAAUGCACUUGUUGAAAGUGGUGAUUAUAAGCUUGCAGAACAAAUUUUGGAGGAAGCAGUCCAUACGGGCGAGUUUGACUGGUACAUGUCGUGGCAGAUAUACACUCCUCAGUGGCGGCAGAUGUCCGCGUGCUCGGCGCAGGUGGAGGCGCGUUUAUGUUGCGGAGACCCUGCUCCCCUCUCGCCCAGCGCACCUAUAAACGACCUGCUCUGUAACGACCGCGAUCCCCGACCCGAUUCUGCCGUACGUAUUACUAUCUAUUAUAUACUAGAAUCUGUUUAUAUUUAAUACAACCACUUAAUAUAAACUACUCCAACCUAACUUUCUAUAAUGUGAUCGUUUCAAUUCGUCAAAGAAUCCCAUCUUUGCUUAUUGAGAUCAUCAGGAAACCAGCGACUGGAAAUGCACAUGUAUUGCACAAAGUUUUGCGAUAAAUCUUUUGCUGUUCACACUGUAUGCUUAUCAAAUGCCCUACCUUUGUCGAUUAGUAAAGCUAAUUCUGCUAAUUUAUUUAGGAAACUUGUUAGAAAGCAUUACUUGUUUAUGAAAGUAUGUAUAUAGAUAUUAUAUGUUUGUAUAUGUAUUAUAGUUUAUAUCAUAAUACUAAUAAUAUAAUAGGAAAUAUCAUACUAAUCUCAUAGAAAUAAGUAUUUUUUUGAUAUGGUAUUUUACAUCGUUAUAAUUUCUAUGGAAUAAUAGCAGAGAUACACAAAUAACAGUUAUGAAAAACCUACUCAUAACACUAACGAGCAGACUGCUACAACACACUCUAGAAGCUAAAAUUAGUCGAUGUUCUUAUGUCAUCGGAAACGCGAUUUACAAAUAAAAACUAUUUUUCUAUUCCCAAAUAUAAAUUCUAUAGUACAGAACAUCUUGAUGGCACUGCUUAUGUUGGAUCAGGAAUUCUAAUAAAAUCAAAUAUAAAACAUGUAGUCAAACUAUAUUGUGAAUGCCAAUUGGCUGCUACAACACACUCUAGAAGUUAAAACAUUCUCUUUGAGAACAAUGGCUACACUCAAGUCGUGAGUCGUGAAACCUUUCAAGCUUUUCAAUCUUUCCAAUUUGUUUCAAGUGGUUUAAAACAGUUUUAUCACUAACACCGCAACCUGCAGUGGCUGAUUUGCGAUGACUCCGUUUCCACAAUAGCCUUCAAUUCUUCAUUAAUAACUUGGGUCUCCGGCCGUCCACGGGGCUUGUUCUGCAGGUCGAAAUUUCCAGAACGAAAACAUUGGAACCAAAAACGCACUGUGUUUUCUUUUGCGACACAACCGCAAUACACAUUCGAGACGUUUUCGCAGCACUGGUACCACGGUGGAACUAGUAC